AUGAGCGGGCGCGGUAGAAGAGCACCUCGGGCACCCCGAAGGAGGCCCGUGAGGCUGGUAGAUGAGAUCGAUGUUGGAGCAGCACCUCCCGUUGCACCUCCCGCAGCUGGUCCGGCUCGGCAAGAGCCGACUAUGGCAGAGGUUAUGCAAGCUUUAGGAGCUAUGGGGGAGUUGAUAGGGCAGCAGAUAAGGAAUCAAAAUGCCGCUACCGCCGCCGCUGUUGGAGCCCCACCCGUAGCUCCACCUGCAAUUCCGCCAGUGGAUGUGCCACCCGUGGCCGUAGUGGAGGAUCGUAAGGCUCAAAAGAUGGUGGAACAGGUUUCGAAGUUGAAGCCACCGCAGUUCACCGGAAGCGGAGACCCCGAGGCCGCCACCCAAUGGAUUGAAGGAUUGGAGAAAGUGUUCAACUUGCUUAGAUGUUCUAAUGAGGAUAAGGUGGUCCCGGCCGUUUAUCAACUAGAGGCUAGAGAGCGGAAGAUGGCUGAGUUCUUCCGCCUCCCGCGUAAUCAAAUGACUGUCGACCAAUAUGAAGCUAAGUUCUCGGAAUUGUCUAAGUAUGCCCCGAGGUUGAUUGAGGACCCCGAGGAUAGGGCUCGAAAGUUCGGGGACGGACUAAAGCCCGAGAUUAAGAGUAUUCUAGCGCCGUUCAACCUUCGGGACUAUGAUGACCUUUAUGAGAGGGCGCCGAUAGUGGAGCGGGACUUAGGUGAGAGAACCGCCGCAUCCGGGUCGCGGUUUGGAUCCUCAAGUAGAUUUGAGAAGAGGCAAGGGAAGAAGCCUAUGUAUGGGGGCAGACAUAACAUCCCACCCAAUCGCAGAGGAGCGAUCAAUAAACCUGUUUUCCGCCGGAAUGAGGUGUGCAGUCUGUGUCACCAGAGACAUGGACCUGGUCCAUGCCCGUUUAGGAAUGGAGCCUGCUAUGGAUGUGGCCAGCUGGGCCAUCGGGUGAAGGACUGCCCGCAGAGGCAGCUAGGAAGGCGGGCGCCACAACCGAGAGUACCGCUAAGGGGAGCCGCGCCACAAAACUUCCGGAAUCGUCCACAGGCUCAAGGAAGGGUGUUUGCUGUCACCCGUGAGGAGGCGAAGGAUUCGCCGACCGUUUCUACACCUUUAAAGGAUAGUGUAGUGGCUGCAAAUGGAUGUCCUAACCGUAGGCUGGUUAUAGAUGGACAUGAGGGUAGAAUAGACUUGAUUGUGCUGGAAAUGUAUGACUUUGAUCCGAUCGUGGGGAUGGAUUGGUUGAUGAAGCAAAAGGCUGUAGUGGAUUGUUAUCGUAAGGCCAUCCAGUUUAACCCGUUGGAUGGAAUAGGUUUUGAAUUUGUUGGGAGUCGGGGUGGAACCUCAACCUUGUUGAUUUCGUCGUUGGAAGCGACGCGUCUGUUGGAAAGUGGAUGCGAAGGGUAUUUGGCGACCGUAAUGGAUGUAUCGGUUGAGGAACCGAAGAUUGAGAACAUCGCAUGA